UAUAGCCUCACCAGCCCUGCUGGCCCUGCCGUUUGCCACCUGACCUGCUGGCUGCUGCCGACCAGCUGUGCCCAUUCAUCAUGGAGAAGGUCCUCGUCCUUCUGCUUGUUGCCUUCACAGUGGCCUAUGCAGUUCCCGACCCCCGGGGACUCAUUAUCCUGCUGGAUGAGGGCGAGCUCUGCCUGAACAGCAUCCAGUGCAAGAGCAGUUGCUGCCACCGAGAAAGCGGGCUGAGCCUGGCCCGCUGCGCGCCCGAGGCCAGCGAGAACAGCGAGUGCUCCGCCAAGACGCUCUAUGGGGUUUAUUACAAGUGUCCGUGUGAGCGGGGCUUGACCUGCGAAGUGGACAAGACCAUCGUGGGCUCCAUCACCAACACCAACUUUGGCAUCUGCCUUGAUGCUGGACGUUCCUUGACUGAAACCUCCCACUAGC